CUUCAUAAAUUCCAACCCAAAUUCAGCAGAACACCUUUUAUUCUACUCCUCUAUUAACCCAACCAAAGAAUCUAAAUUUAAUGCUCUGCACAUUUACCAAACACAAAAUCUGAUUGUACUUUGACCCUUUCCAUUCAUUUCUGCUUAUUUCGACCAAGCACUCUUCCAACAUUUCAAAGCACUGGUCAUUGAUCAAUUAUUUAUCCCCCUGUUAACAACGUGAAUAUCCAUUUGUUUGAAAUUAACACGUCCUUCUGUUCUGUUGCUCAUUUUGACCCUCUCUGAUUACUGUUUCCUAGAGAGAGAAGGAGGAGAGAGAAAGAGGAGAGAGAAGGAGAGAGUUCUGUGGUAAACUGGUGAUUCCUAAGUACCUUGCGAUGAGAUACAUACGUACAGCCAGUCUGAAGAGGCUGUUUUCUUUAAAAAGACAAAGUUUUGAUAAAGAAAUAAGUAAAGGGUGUGAUUAUAUUUCAGAAGAAAAUAAGCCCACUGCUCCACCACCAACAGAAAAUCUACGAAAGCCCAAUUGGAAAUGUUUUUCCUUUGAAGAAAUCUUUGCUGCCACUAAUGGUUUUUCCUCAGACUACAUAGUUGGGAAAGGAGGAUUUGCAGAGGUUUACAGAGGUGUGUUAGAAGAUGGACAGGCUAUUGCUGUCAAAAGAUUGUCAAAAUUUGCCAAUGAUGAGAGAAAAGAAAAGGAAUUUUUGACAGAAAUUGGAACUUUAGGGCAUGUUUGCCAUACAAAUGUAACAGCAUUAUUGGGAUGUUGUAUUGAUAAUGGCCUUUAUCUCAUUUUCCAAUUUUCAUCCAAAGGCUCUGUUGCUUCUCUACUCCAUGAUGAAAAAAUGUCUGCAGACUGGAAAACAAGACACAAAAUUGCAGUUGGGAUUGCCAGAGGUCUACAUUACUUGCACAAGAGUUGUCCAAGAAGAAUAAUUCAUAGAGAUAUUAAGGCUUCAAAUGUUUUACUAACAGCAGAUUUUGAACCCCAGAUAUCUGAUUUUGGGUUGGCUAAAUGGCUGCCUUCACAAUGGACUCAUCACUCGAUUGCUCCUAUAGAAGGAACAUUUGGGCAUUUAGCGCCGGAGUAUUUUAUGCACGGCGUUGUAGACGAAAAGACUGAUGUGUUUGCGUUCGGAGUCCUUUUACUCGAGCUUAUUUCUGGAAAGAAACCAGUGGAUGGUUCCCAUCAGAGCUUACAUAGCUGGGCAAAACCUAUACUAAACCUUGGGGAGUUCAAAGAGCUAAUUGAUCCAAGGCUUGGAAAUGAAUAUGAUGCAACACAACUUAGUCGACUUGCAUUUGCAGCUUCUCUUUGCAUUCGAGCUUCUCCUAUUUUGCGCCCAUCCAUGAGUGAGGUUUUGGAUGUAAUCUUAAUGGAAGAAGAAAUCGACAAGGAAAAGUGGAAGAUGCCCGAGGAAGAAGAAGAAGAAGAUCUAGAAGUAUUUUGGGGUUUCGACGAUCUUGAUUGUGAAUAUGAUAGUUCCUGCUCAACUUCCCUACUCGAAAUAAUCACGACCGCCGGUUCUUAGAACCCGGAAAAAGAUGGACAACUCCACAAGUACCUCUAGUUAGUCUCUGUAUAUAUAAUUUUUGUAGAAAAUUUCUAUUUUGAAUCAUUAAAUUGACAAGUGACAUGUAUAUUAGUACCUAUUGACAAGUGUUCAUUAUAGAAUCGGGUCGUGUCAAGUAUGCAACAAGUGGUUGGGCUAUGCCAACGUAUGGUAAGAGUUCUAAGGAUAAGUCUCAAUCUUCCAACAUAUCCGUUGAAUUCCAGCAGGAAAGGGUGCAUACAUGUCGGGCUUGAAGAAAGUGGAAUUUGUACAAAGGAAUGCUUCGUAUGGACAAAAAUCACUUUGGAGUCCCAUAAUUAUAAGAUAUAUCUUGUGAACUACUCAUUGAGAUUGGGUCCCAGGAUACAAGAAUGCAUAUUUUUUAUAAUAAAAUUGCCUUAAUAACCUAGUGGGGGUUUUUUUCUUAUUUA